GCUGUUAGUCUGAGGUUUGAGGUGACUCGGGGCCACAACACUGCGCGCCGAUCCGCGCAUGAAACCAAGUGCACUUCAGUAAUCAAUGUAGAGGUUGGAAAACUGUGUUACAGUACACAAAGUGGGAAACAACGGCGCGCGUGCAUGCGUCAGCGUGUGUGUGUGUGUGUGUGUGUGUGUGUGUGUGUGUAUGUGUGUAUCAGAGCGACCGAUUCGGCGGUCCGUGGCAGAGCCGGUGUGUAUCGCGGGGGAGAAGGAGUGGCGCAGGCGGGCAGCAUAGGGGUAGGAGUGCAGGAGCGCCAGGGCGCGGUCUUUUACUGCUUUCUUUACUGAUCAUUUCAGCUUCAGACGCGAGUGGACGAAGUGCGCCAGAAAGGCAAAGGCGAGCGCAGAACAUGAGGAUUCCUCCUCACAGCAGCAGCAGCAGCAGCAGCAGUAGCCGGCGGCUCUCAGUCUUCACCGUGCACCCUGUCAAUCUGUCACUGCUGUCCGUUGAGUUAAAGACACGGACUUAGCAGGAGGUUCCCGUGUAAUCUCGCAAUAAAUGGACUCGCUCUCGUUUUCAUUCCGCUGUUUCAUCGUCGGUGCGUAUAUGGAGAGGCACUGUCCUCUCGGCACCACUGGACCUUGCUUUUGUUUUGACGUCUUCCACAGUGCGACGCAUGCCAAGCUCGCCGUAGACAGCGCGUACUUUUUUUACGCACAGACGAUGACAAGGAUAAAAGCAAUAAGGAAUUAAAGACCCCUCGAUUUAUUUAGCCCUUAUUUGGGGGAAAUUAGGAGUGUGGAAGAAGGGGGGCAGUUUGAGUUUCACCCUUGACCCGUGGCCCCCGUAGCACUCCGUGUUUGGGGACUUUCUUGUUUUGAGAGGGGGUAAUGCGUGUUCCCGCGGUGCUGGGGCUCCUGGUCGCCUGCGCGCUGAUCUGCGCCCCGGUGAGCGAAGCGUGCGGCCCGGGCAGGGGCUACGGCAACAAGCGGCGGCUUCCCAAGAAACUCACGCCGCUCAACUACAAGCAGUUUAUCCCGAACGUCGCCGAGAAGACGCUGGGUGCCAGCGGGCGCCUCGAAGGCAAGAUCACGCGGAACUCGGAGCGCUUCAAGGAGCUCACCCCCAACUACAACCCCGACAUCAUCUUCAAGGAUGAGGAGAACACGGGCGCGGACCGGCUCAUGACCCAGCGUUGUAAAGACAAGCUGAACUCUCUGGCUAUCUCCGUCAUGAACAUGUGGCCAGGUGUGAAGCUGAGGGUCACUGAGGGCUGGGAUGAAGAUGGCAAUCACCUUGAGGAAUCUCUGCACUAUGAAGGAAGGGCAGUAGAUAUCACCACCUCUGACCGUGAUCGUAAUAAAUACGGCAUGUUGGCAAGGCUGGCGGUGGAGGCCGGCUUCGACUGGGUUUACUACGAGUCCAAAGCACACGUCCAUUGCAGCGUGAAAUCAGAACACUCUGUGGCUGCUAAGACAGGUGGCUGUUUUCCGGGAGGAGCUCUGUUGAGUCUGGAGAAUGGGAGCAGGAAGGCCAUGAAGGAUCUGCAGCUCGGUGAGCGAGUCUUGGCAUCAUUGCAUGGUGACGGCAGUGGGCAGCUUGUCUUCAGCGAGGUCAUCGCUUUCCUAGACCGCCAAUCCUCCGCCCACACACUGUUUUAUACAAUAGAGACAGAGUCCGGUGCUGCAUUAAGCCUUACUGCUGCCCACCUCAUGUUUGUGGCUGAGGGGAACUGCUCGGGCCCGGCGCCCAGGGGACAGCUCAGGACUGUGUUCGCCAGUGACGUGCAGCUUGGUCAGUGUGUGGUUGUGGCUCAUGGAUUGGCACAAGAAGGAAAGCUGUCCCGAGUGAUCAGAGUUCAGCUACAGGAGGACAUAGGAGUGUUCGCGCCUCUCACCGUGCAUGGCACAGUUGUGGUUAACGACAUUGUGUCCUCCUGCUAUGCCGCCAUGGAAGAACACUGGCUUGCUCACAUUGCUUUUACCCCACUGAGGGCACUUCAUCAUUGGGGAGGGCCAAUGUGGCACCAAGCUGAGGGGGUGCACUGGUACUCCUCACUGCUGCACUGGAUUGGAACACACAUACUCAACCCAAAACACUUUCACCCCUGGAGUGUGGUAGCUUCUGAUAGAUGAGAAAAUGAAAUGCCAGAGAGAAAUCAGACAAAAAAGGGUGAAAUGAAAAACUUUUUUUCUCUUUAAAGACUUGAAGAGUGCAGUAAAUCAUUGGGUGUGUUUUGACUUGGAGGACAUCCCCUGAAACGAUUCAGAAAAAACCCACAUGUAAAAAAUUCUCAAUGCAAAACUAUUUGAAAUGGGUUUCUUUUAUUGCCUACACUGGAGCAUACUCACAAACACAAACACGCACACUUCUACACAUAUGUGCAUACGUGCUGUUAAUAACCAUUCUUAUACUGAGAUAAUGCAACAGAGGUAAACUGUAGAUAAAUUAGCUCAGGUAAGCAGUAGCUCAGACAUAGGAACACAGUCUUAGCCUGUCUGAUGCUGUAGCUGUUUCAGUAUAAUAAAGUGUUAUAUGAAGAUUACAUGGGCUUGGGAGUCAGAUGCAGUUAUUACUAAAGGCAACUAAGAAAAUCUACCAGAUCUGCUAGCUAUCAGGAAUUUUCACUUCUGGUGUCGUACCAUUCUGUAAGUUAUUUGUUACGUCCCAUUCUUCUCUUACAAGUUCAAACUCAGUGUCUUCUACUUAUCAAUGCUGUUAAUGUUUCAUGUUUUACUGCUGGAAAUGUUCUUUGUAACUUUAUCAUGUAUUUAAUAGUCACAUUGUACACUGUAUUUCUACAUUUAGCAUACGCAAGGGGUAAAAUACACACCAUUGCAACUUUAUCUAUACUAUUAAGCGAUACUGUGCUACUUACUAUUUAUUAACUUCACUCAGUACAGAUGUGUCAGAGAGCAGCCUGCUCAGCAUCUUUCGUAAAUGCUCAGUAUGUUAAUUCCCCAUGUAUGCUUAAUGGAGUGAUACUCACAAUCUGGCGUGCUUUAUUUACCUUUUUUGUGGCAUUAUUAACUUUUUACCAAAAAGAUGUCAAAAUUAUAUGUUCAUAAAAAUAUUUAAAGAUCUAUUUUUCAAAAUUAAACUAUAUGGAAAUA